AUGGCAUUCACAAGCAGCAGACGCUUUGUAGAUAAUUAUACCUCAACACGGCAACAAUAUGAUUGGAAUCCAAUAUCUGGUUAUAGAGAUCGGGCUCUUAAGUCAUUAGAAGAAGCUGUAGAAAGCAUCAUUCCAUUAGUCGACAACGUCAUACAAUAUGCAGACGAAGCCAAACAAAAAUGCAAAAUAAAUACAAAACUGACAAUAAAUGAAUCGGCAGCAAUCUAUCUUUAUACAAUGAAAACAUCCUUCUAUGAGAAACUCAAUGAGACUCUUCGAAUUGAAAAUCCACAGGCGCUGGCACCCUGGUUCGACUUUCUAAAACUAUUCAUUACCGCUCUAGUGAAAUUACCUAAAUUACCGUCACAUCCGACUACGGUAUGGCGAGGUGUUGCAAAUAUUAAAGGCUCUGAUUUCUAUGACAAGGAUAUGUUUACUUGGUGGAGUGUGAACUCAUGCUCGUUAGAUGCCAGUGUCGCUGCAAUAUUUACAUGCGAGAAGGGAACUCUGUUUUGCAUUAAUACUAUUAAUGGAAAAGACAUUAGUGAUUACUCAUCAGCGAAUAAAGAGGAGAUAGAAGAGAAAGAAAUCGUUCUUAUGCCUGGAACUCGUUUGCGUGUAAAAACUAAAACGUUUGAUAUUAAAGAUUUUUACGUCGUUCAUUUGGAAGAAUGGUAA